AUGGACGAGAAGCUCUCUGGGGAGAAAUCUCCUCGGAGAAGCUCGCCGGGGAGAAAUCUUCUCGCAGAAGCUAUCCGGGGAGAAAUCUCCUCGGAGAAGCUCUCCGGGGAGAAAUUUCCUCGGAGAAGCUCUCCGGGGAGAAACCUCCUCGGAGAAGCUCUCCGGGGAGAAGCCUCCUCAGAGAAGCUCUCCGGGGAGAAGCCUCCUCGGAGAAGCUCUCCGGGGAGAAGCCUCCUCGGAGAAGCUCUCCGGGGAGAAGCCUCCUCGGAGAAGCUCUCCGGGGAAAAGCCUCCUCGGAGAAGCUCUCCGGGGAAAAGCCUCCUCGGAGAAGCUCUCCGGGGAGAAGCCUCCUUGGAGAAGCUCUCCGGGGAGAAGCCUCCUCGGAGAAGCUCUCCGGGGAGAAGCCUCCUCGGAGAAGCUCUCCGGGGAAAAGCCUCCUCGGAGAAGCUCUCCGGGGAGAAGCCUCCUCGGAGAAGCUCUCCAGGGAGAAGCCUCCUCGGAGAAGCUCUCCAGGGAGAAGCCUCCUCGGAGAAGCUCUCCGGGGAGAAGCCUCCUCGGAGAAGCUCUCCGGGGAGAAGCCUCCUCGGAGAAGCUCUCCGGGGAGAAGCCUCCUCGGAGAAGCUCUCCGGGGAGAAGCCUCCUCGGAGAAGCUCUCCGGGGAGAAGCCUCCUCGGAGAAGCUCUCCGGGGAGAAGCCUCCUCGGAGAAGCUCUCCGGGGAGAAGCCUCCUCGGAGAAGCUCUCCGGGGAGAAGCCUCCUCGGAGAAGCUCUCCGGGGAGAAGCCUCCUCGGAGAAGCUCUCCGGGGAGGAUCCUCCUCGGAGAAGCUCUCCGGGGAGAAGCCUCCUCGGAGAAGCUCUCCGGGGAGAAGCCUCCUCGGAGAAGCUCUCCGGGGAGAAGCCUCCUCGGAGAAGCUCUCCGGGGAGAAGCCUCCUCGGAGAAGCUCUCCGGGGAGAAGCCUCCUCGGAGAAGCUCUCCGGGGAAAAGCCUCCUCGGAGAAGCUCUCCGGGGAAAAGCCUCCUCGGAGAAGCUCUCCGGGGAAAAGCCUCCUCGGAGAAGCUCUCCGGGGAAAAGCCUCCUCGGAGAAGCUCUCCGGGGAGAAGCCUCCUUGGAGAAGCUCUCCGGGGAGAAGCCUCCUCGGAGAAGCUCUCCGGGGAGAAGCCUCCUCGGAGAAGCUCUCCGGGGAGAAGCCUCCUCGGAGAAGCUCUCUGGGGAGAAGCCUCCUCGGAGAAGCUCUCCGGGGAGAAGCCUCCUCGGAGAAGCUCUCCCGGGAGAAAUCUCCGAGGAGAAGCUCUCUGGGGAGAAACCUCCUCGGAGAAGUUCCCCGGGGAGAAACCUCCUCGGAGAAGCUCUCCGGGGAGAAACCUCCUCCGGGAAGCUCUCCGGGGAGAAACCUCGACCUCGGAGGCCGGGGAGAACUAG